AUGCACCGCCCUCGCGCCAGCAACAUAAUCACCUCGAGCCGACUUGCCGUGGACGUGGCGACAGACGAUUUACACCUCGACGAUAUUAGAAACCUCCAAAUGGCUACAGAUCAGAAGGACAACAAUUUGCAUCGAAACCUUGUCGUUCUCUUGAAGGAUUGGUCUAUUGUUUGGUCACUCCCAACAAAGACAGUCGUUUAG